GAAAUAGAAUUAUUAAAAAUGGCAAGAAGCUCUAAGAGAGUACCCUUUACUCAAAAGAUUUGGAAGAGAUAUGAUAAGGGUAUAUCGUUUUAUGUGAUGACUGGGUUUUAUUUUUAUUUGAUAUUUAUAUUGACGUUUGUCUUUAUUCCGGACUUUAAGAAGCAUUAUAGUUCAUUAUUUACAGGGAUUGUUUAUUUCGUUUGCCUAUUCUUCGGAGUGAUGUCUUAUUGGUGCUUUGUGAAGACUUCAAUAACUAAUCCAGGGGAUGUUGAUAAGAAUUAUGUGCACCCAAUGCCAAACCCUUUAGAUAGAGAUAAGUCUAUCAUGAACAAUGAAGGUCAGCAGACCUUUAAUCCUCCGACUGAGAGUAUUUAUGACAAAAUCUUAAUACAUUUUGAAAAAUAUGCAAUCCAGAAGGAGAACAGAUGUGACCUAAAUCAGACUUCAACAACUGAUAUUGAAAAUCCUGGAGGUUUUGUUCUUCCCAAAGAUUAUGGAACUAAGAAUUGUAUCAUGAAUAAUUAUUGAUACAAGCAUUGUGGCAAGUGUAAAAUGGACCAACCUCCUAGAGCGAAGCAUUGAGAUUUGUGUAAAAGAUGUGUGCUCAGAUACGAUCAUCAUUGUGUUGUCCUUGGCAAUUGUAUAGGUCUCCACAACUUCAAGUACUUCCUGUUGCUUCAGUUAUACACAUUCUUAGGAGGUGUAAAUCUUCUAUUCUGGUUUGUCUAUGGAGUUAAAGUUCAUGGCUUUGGAUCAAAUGAAUUUGUCUUCUUUUUCGCUCAAUAUGUUUUCCCGAUUUCCCUUGUUGGAAUGAUGUCCUUUGGAUGUUUAGGACAGAUCUUUGUGAACACUUAUUACGUGGUUAAAAACAGAACGCAGAUGGAUGUAAUGCUUGAUUUCAAAAACAACGUAUUCGACUCUGGAUCUUUCCUCACUAAUGCCAAAGAUGUGCUAGGAAAUCCUUCGAGUAAAUUCUGGUGGCUCCUUCCAGUUGAUGUUGGUGAAAAGACUACAGAUGGGCAUAAUUACUAUUUUUACCACUAUGGCUAAAGACUUCGAUUCCUCCAA